AUGAGUUCCAUGAAGAAAGGAGAGAGUGCCUCAACGGCUUCAGGCGUUGACGAGCGAACAGAGACUUAUAAAAGCGCUACAACUGAAGCAACAAGUACAACAAGGUUUGGAGAUGAUGUCUACUCUUACACUCGGGUGUCGAAAAUCUCCAAAGGAUUCUUCGACAACGACGAUCUUGCGUUGAGACAUUAUGACGAAGCAAAGGACACCUUCACCGCGCUCGAGGCAGCUUACAAGAGACUCCUUUUGCAAGUGGAGGCUUCGAAACAAGAGCGGCGAUACGAGGUAAAUUUUUUUAUAUGAUUACUCAAAACAUUUUGAAGAUGCCCUUUAGGGGCAGAUUGUGCUUGUUUACAAAUUUAGAUGCAACGGUGAUUUUCAUCCUCUUAAAAAUUCCUCAGUCUUUACUAUCAUGUUACGAUAAUUCUCGAUCUUCCGCUAUUUUACUGUACUUUUCCCAAAUACAUGAUUGAUUUCAUUAAAUCUUUGGUAAUAUUUUAUAACCCCGAUCACGCAAGGCAACUACGUUACUGGUGCAGCAAAUUUCCUACCUCGGACCCGAGAAGUAUGGUUACUUUUUAAUCUGUCUCAAAUCCAGAAUAUGAAUAUCCGGAAGUAGUUAGUUUUUUCUCCAAGUUGCUCUGUUUAUUUCCUUCGAGAAACACAUGUUCCCAUGUAGCAAUUAAAUCUAUGAUUAACCAGCAAUUAGUUAAAGAAAUUAGCUUUUUACUGGUGUCGAAAAUAAAGAAUGUUAGUCGAAAUAUCGUGAACUUACAGCAUUUGAACUUCUCUACACGACCACAAGUUAAACAGAACGGUCACGGCUAUCUCAGUGCUGGGUUGUUUUAACAUGUUAUUUUAAUAGUUUCCAAUGCUGCGUACAACACAAAGUAUAUUUUAAAAUGAAACUUUUAAUGUUCUUGAUAAAACACUGGGCGCCCUGCAAUCUAGAUACUUACAAUGAAACUCCUCCUCGCGACCAACCAGUAUACCGUAUACAGACCAUUUGGUCAUUACGACCAGGAUUUUAUGGCCAAACGCUGGUCGUUUUCAACCCCUUUACUUCCAGAAAAAGAGGCCAAAGUCUAAAUUAGACACAAAAUUUUAAAAUUCAUUUUGCAAAAUAAUGAAAAACAAAAAGUACCAUGUGAAAGUACUGCAAAAGAGGUUCAUUUGAAUGAUAACACCAUAGGAUUUUGUUUACAGACGCAAAAGUUCGAACCAUGUUACGAGACUCCCUAACUCACUGUAGCAGGGGUCAAUUAAAACAGGAUUCCACUUUUGUGGGUGACAUUUAAAAGAUAACGUUAAAUUUUUCUGGGUAGUGUGUUUUUAAGUCUUGUCUCCAUAAUCUUGUUGCUUAAGUUGACCUAAAUAACGCCGAAAACUAAAAACCAAAUUACCAACGUGUUAUUCUGCAAUUCAAUUGUCUACGUUUUCUCGUGUGAAAGUUCGUGAUGAGGGGAUUAAUGUUGCCAUUAUCCCUAUAUUAAUAGCCUCCUUUAACUGAGAUAUUAAAAACUAGCCUCUAAUUAUUGUCUUAGGGGAUUUUAAUUGUUUCUUGAAUAAUAAUUCUCAUAGGAACAAGCUUCAUGAUGUAUGCCGGAAUUAUUUUAAAAGUCUAAUGCAUCUUUUUUCCAAGAUUUUCUUUUACUUUCUCGUUUGCGUGGUUCUUAUCUCAUAGAAGUUUUGUGAUAACGCCAAUAUGAAGUGUCUUAACACAAUUAGAUGUUAAUUGAAUUAGAUAAACUAAUGCGCCCUAUUUAGAUGUAGUAUUGGUCUCUCCGAGUGAAAAUCUCUGACGUUUUCUAUUACGAGCAAACAUGAAAGAACAGAUACUUUGAUUGCAACAAAGACCAUUAUAGAGGAUCUUUGGAGCAAUCUCUUUCAUCAAAGAGCUAUUCAAAUGGACGCUAAUAUCAGUUUGAGCAGUGCUUUUUCGCUUUUUUCUCCGCAAUUAAGGUUGAGAGAAGUACAUGUUACAUUAAAAUGACUUCUGGAAAGUAAAUGAAAAAGUCUCAUUUUUGGAUAAAACUCUAGCGUGUAACUACUCUCGUUACAAUUGUUUGACUUGUACUUCUUGUAGUAACUUGUAUAACUUUUGAGUCGGCGUGACCACCAUUCAAAUCAUGAAAGCUGCUGAGCUGUACUUUACUGGUCCUCAGUUUAUCUGAUUUUAAACUGCUAUUUUGCGCGUGAAAUCCUAUGGUGUAACCACUCAUUGACAAAUGAACGCCACUGUCCAGUACUUUCCUAAAAUACUGUUAAUUAGGCUGUUAAGGGUGGUAUGAACAGUGGAGUCUACGAAAGAAAUCAAAUGGUGUGACCACUCAAAUGAAAGUUACUGAGCACUGCUCUACUUUGGUGCUGUUCAUAAUAUGUUUUCUAACUUUUAAGCCUAUGGAUAUAAUCCUCGAAGUAACAUCGCAUCAUUCUCCUGAAAAAAUCUUCUAAGCAUUACUUUUUUUCUGUGCCGUGUGGUAUUGUUUGUCAUAUUUCACAAGGUGAUUACAGCUUUUGAGUCUGUGUAUGAAAUCAUGAAGUGUAAGCUAAGCCAAUGAGCGUUACUUUGCUUCGUCGGCUGUACAAUACUUUGCUAAGGCUUAAUAGAGGGAUUAAAACGUGGAUUAAUAGUACGCCUUUACAUCAUACUUUCAUAUUUUCAUGGCAUGCUCCUAGCAAAAUCAGCAACAAUUAUACUGAAAAAAAAGCAGCUUCGAGAGCGCUGUUGGAUGAGUUUACUUUCCUCAUUUGCAAAACAAAAAUUGAAAAGAUAAUUUUUUUCCUGUCGUCUGGUGGUGGCAGAUACGUGGUGACCUUUGAAUUGAAGUAUACUAUUUCGAACGCCCGUUUGAUGGGACAGUUUCCGGACCAAAUAGAUCAAGUUUUCCAUUGGCAAUAAGCCCUGGCAAUUUAGGCUAGGAAAUCACUCGAAUGUAGGGGUCACUUAUUCAACUCCAUUGGACCACUUUCAUCGUUAAACAUUUCAUAGUUUGUUGAUACAGUAAUGAGAGAACAAUCUAGUUCGUUGCCGUUACACAGAAAGAUUUUAUCUUUGAAAUAAAAGGAAUAAGAGCUAAGCUCUUUAUGGACGUCCCUGCUAGCAGAGGUCUCUCACGACAAGACAAAAAGGCUUACUGAGAAAAACAAAAUAACUAGAGUUUCGUUUUUUAUCCAGAUAACUUUGUUGAUGAAGGCUUUAUGUCUAGCGUCCUGCAGCGUGACCGUGUAGAACAAUACGUCUCUGUUGUGCUUUUUUUCUUUUGAAACGACUUGAACAGUAUUUUGUACAAUGCUGAAUUCGACAUGCAUAUUACUGUCUGCUGUACAAGGUGGUUCUACCAUUUAAAUCUAAUGGAUCACAGCCUUACGCCUGACCUGUCAAAUGAAUGCUUCUGAUGCAGUAUUUUCUAAUGGUACUGUUUAUUAUGCUGUAAAGUGUGGCUCUAACGUUUGAGCAGUGAAUGGAAUCCUAACGCGCCGAACGUUCAAAUAAAACGAGACUGAGGAGCACUUUCCUGUGGUGCUAUUUAUUUCGAACAGGCUCUAUCUUUUGACACUGUUCACGAAAUUCGAAAAUGUGACAUUUUCAAAGUAAAAAAUACUCCCCUGUCACGGAGUCCCACAACCUGUUUCUGUAACGUUUGUGAUGUAAUUUUUUAACAUAUGAGAUUUAUCAUAAGCUUUAGAACAGUGAUCGCGAAAAAUGUUUAUAGAACAAUGCAAAACAAACGGUAUCCUACCUGUGGUUCAUUCAAGCCGGCUCAGAUUAGAUCAAUUUGAGUGAUUUUGAAGGAUUAAGCAAAGUUCUCGGACAGUGUCUAUUUUGUCUAUUGUUAGACGUGCAGUCAUCUGUAGGAACCGUUAUUUUUCUGAAAGAUGAUAUUUACUGUAAUGAAAUUCAAAAAUUCCAUCUUUCCUUGUAAGAUGAUAUGUUGUAGAUGCGUAGCUUGCGAGUUUCAGUUUGGUCAGUUUGAUUAUUUGUGUUUCCAGUCUGGGCUUUCUACGUACGGACAGUUGUCUUGACCCUGGGAUAUCAACUUCAUACAAUUCCCACCUCUAUAAUACAGAAAUGUCUGUGAUGGUAAUGCGGUUACUUGGCUUUGAACGACUAUCUGACCUUCCUAAUAUGGAAGUUCACCAGGCCUUAAUUUCGAUUACACUGCUUGCUUGUUGACUUUGUUCCUUUAGUGACCGUAUUAAGGUAGUAUAACUGUAAUGCAGACACCUAUGUAAUGCAGACACUUCACUCUUUCCCUUUGGUUUCCCAUAUUUAUAAGGUAGUUUGUCUGUAAUACAGAGACUUGAAUCUUCCUUUAGUGUCAUUCUUAAGGAGGUAUGACUGUAAUAUAAUGUAAUGAUUACAAUACCAUCAACUCAGUGGAAUGAUCAGUGAUUAAAAUAUCAUCAUCCAUUUCCAAUUAAACGUCAUUCCUGCAAAGGUAUUCCAGUCUGUAAUCUUCUGUGUUAAACCAGUCAACACGUCGAAUCGCUCUUUAAUAUUAAUAAUUCUAGUAUCAUAGAUAUUUCCAUUUUAAUAAGAUUCUUGGAAAUGACAGGUUUUUGCGUUCAACGCUGAUUAUUCAUUGCGUUAGUUUAAUGCAGUUUGUAUUUUUUUUUUUUUAAUUUGAGUUUGUUUUUUCUUCCUUUUUGUCAAGCGAUCCUGAAAUGCUUUAUAGAUCUCAAGUCUAGUGUUUGGUUUACGCUAGGCUCAGAAGACCAAACCAUGAUUUGUGACACUUGAAACUUUUUUCAUCUCCCACUUAUUCCACCACAUUCUUUCGAGCACAAUGACGGGAAAACGCUGAAGACAAUUUUUUUAUUAUCCGUGGGUGACGAGCACGAAAAAUCAAUGUAAUCGACCAAUUCAAUCAUAAAAGUUCCUCGAAAUCGGUUUGUUCUUAACUUUCUACUGUAUACCCUCGGGCUCGUUUCAGUUUCCAGGCGGAUGAAAUUUUGGAUGUACCAAAAUGUUGUUGACGGACCAAGGCACAAAUUUGAGUUUCCUGUUUUUCUUCAUCAUGUCGGAAAAAGGCAGCAUAUUGAAAUAGUUUGCGCGCCAUUCGACAAGAAAAGUGACCGGCGGCCUUAAGUAUGUACAGGUAUAUCUUUUGUACCCUUGAGCAUGGCACAUGUUUUGUCGUGGAUAGUAAUAAAAUUUCAUGGCGCUGUGUUUAAUGUUAUUGGCAGCCCUUUUCGUUGGAAACUUUGCCUGUAAAGUGUGUUUUUGAUUUAAAUAGUUGUCGAAGGGAGAGACCUUGAAAAACAAAAUGGUCCUUGAAAAAGACCUUGAUUUCCUGUUUGAUCCGCCCGUUAUUCGUGUUAUCUUACUUCCCUGUAGGUGAAAACACGGGUAAGGAUGUUUGAAAUAGUUUGGCCCCGGGUCAAUCGAUGUACAGUCAAACCUUUGUUAAAGGGGCUGUGUCACUGCAGUCCAGUUCAUUUUGUUUUAUUUUGCCAAUUACUCGCCCUCAAUCACAAUGGAACUUAAAGUAGGCAAAGAAAUUACAUGUAAAUGACAGAAUCAGAGAUUAGACACAAACAGAUAUGCCCCCUAAGCAUUAUCUUUGAAGCUGCAAACAGCAGAGAAAAACUUUGAAAAACUGUUAGGCUGAACAGUUUUCAAAAACCCUAAUUUCAAUCCGUUUCAAUCUUCUUCAGUUUUGCCCAUCCGUGGCAUCUGUUGUAUCUGUUGUGUUAUUUUAACCUUCCUUUAAUGUUUUACGCGGUCAUUUUUAUGUUUCUUUUAAUUUAACGGGCAUUUUGCAAUGACCUGAUUUGGCUGAAUUUCGAACCUGUAUUAGUUACUUGUCUUUUCCUUUCUUUUGGCACAAGAAGAGGUAGAAACACUUUGAGAACAAUAUUUCGUGCGAUGGAUAUUUCACUCUGUCACCCUCUUUAUUUUCUUGAUAAACUCUUAGGUUUUUUCUUAUCGAAGCUGUAUUAAAAGGUCAAGCUGUAUUAAACGGUCAGUUGGCAAUUCCCCAACGGUGACCACGUAAUACAGAUCUAACUGUAUUCAACAUAUUUAACAUAUGCCAAAUUAAUUAAGUUUGGUUCGUGUGUAGCACUAGUGCGCCGUUUUACCCAGUUAAGUUUGGGUUCGGCUAAGCCAUCCUUCACUUCUACUAUACUCUAGUUGCGAAGAGCGUCUUUUUAGUGAACCUUUGUCGAAUACGUGUUUCAGCGUAUUCAGUGCUUAUAACUUCAACGUCAACUGACAAAGAAAAAUGACAACCUGUUGUUUCAAAUACUUAACUUUUGCACGCGGCGAGCAACUGUAUUACGCCCUUGCAUAACAAAAAUCAAAACGACACGUAAAAGUAGAUUACUGGAGGUAACGCUGAGAAGGCCUUUAAAAAUAUAGUAUCUCACGUAACCAACCUCUCUUUUCGUCUCCCUUCCCCUCCCCGCUAGAAAAGCCUGAUUUUCAAACACACAAUGAAGUCAGAUGCAGUUUGUAACAACGUGGUUGGUUUAGGCAAGUUUAGAGAACAAAGUUACAACAGGAAGGGUCAUGAGAAACAAAGUAUCAAAUCUCUUCACGAGAAGUAGAUUACUGGGGAUUAAUUAACGCCCGUUAUAAACGUCGGCGAACUUUACUCGUGCCGAAAUUAAUGGAAAUGGACCAGAUGAGACUCUCAAAUAACCAAAUCUGAAACCCCAAGUCUUUUUCGAACAGCAAAGAGUAAAAAAGACGAAGCACAGGUACCCCAAGCUCACAAAUGAGUUACGUAACAGAAAUAUUAUAAGAGUUUGUAUGGAAAAUUUGUCGAUCGUUAUUUAGCGAGUUAAAAUAGAAAUAAAAAUGCAUCAAAACUUCCUACCUUGUCUGCUUGUCUUGUUUGUGGUAUGUUCUUAGCAUUUCUGGCCGUUCCGCGUUCUGCGAUUUUAGCGAGUUGAGUUCUGUUACGGUAGGACUAAAACUCGCUAAAAUCGCGCUGGAAUGGCCAGAAAUGUUAAGAACAUACCACAAACAAGACAAGCAGACAAGAUUUUUGUUACGCAACUCACUCGUGAGCUUGGGGUACCUGUGGAGGAAGGAAGAUGAAUAUUUGAACUUUGUCCAGAUUCAUGAAAGACAGUUACUUAAAUUUGCAACCGAGUUUUUUUCUCAUCGUGACCAGUUUUAAAACGUAUAUUCUAUUUACCCAGAUGUAAAUAAGGUUGAUUUAAAUUUGAUAUUUUGGCAUACUUUUGGUUCCCGUUAUACCUAUUGUCUGUGGCCAAGUAACAUGUCGGUUAACUGUCUAGGAUUGCCUAGCCGCUUACUCGGUUAUUUUUGGCUGAUUAGUCGAUAUCAGUGUCAAUUGGAAACGUAGUGUCUAAGUACUAAGUUGGGCGUUUUCCUUCUAUUGUUAGGUUUUUCCCUUAACAUUUUCAACUACUUUAAUAUCAAUCAUAGUCUCAGCAGACUUUAGCAAACAGCGCAGAGGAUUUAUGUUUGACCUUGAGUCCAGUUUGAAAAUUUAGUUGCACGAAUGCUACGAAUCGCCCUUGUUUACCGCAGAAUGUGAACGUGACCAAUCGAAGCGUCAUACGAUCGUGUUGUAACUUUGUUGAAAUAUUAUCCAAGGUUAAUAGGCGGUUUUUCUUUGGGUGGGCUUGCGGGGCUUGGCGACUCCCAUGUGAAUGCGACGGGGAUGCUCGACGGAUAAUCAGGUCAGAUCAGAUCUCAGAUGAAAUAUCCGGACUGAUAUAACGACCCCACAAGCUAAGUGAUUGUAUCAUGGUUACAUAACAUAUGUUAAAACACAGGUACCCCAAGCUCACAAGCGAGGAUCGUUGAAUCGCUGUUGCGUAACAGAAACUUUACAAGAGUUUAUAUGGAGAUUUAAGCGAUCGUUAUUUAGGGGUCAAAAUAGUAAUAAUAAUUAAUCAGAAUUUCUUACCUGGUCUCUUUGUCUAAAUUUAUGGUGUUUUCUUAGCACUUUUGGCUGUUUCAGGACGAUUCCAGCGAGUUUUAGUUCUACCGUUGUUCGUUGUAUAAACAAUCGCCCUGAAACGGCCAAAAGUGCUAACUGAAACAGCAUAAACUUAGACAAGGAGACAAGGUAAGAAAUUCUGAUUAAUUGUUAUUACUAUUUUGACCCCUAAAUAACGAUCGCUUAAAUCUCCAUACAAACUCUUAUAAUAUUUCUGUUACGCAACGGCGAUUCAACGAUUCUCAGUCGUGAGCUUGGGGUACCUGUGGUUAAAAGAAGCAAUAGUGCCAUUUAUAGGGAGCUACGGUGACGCAACGAGAACGGCAAAAAAGCAAAAGGUUUAGAUUGGUAAAACAACAACUUUGCACGUGCAUCACGCUUUUUUGUACAUUUCUUUGCCGUCGUUGCACGACUACGACGAGACACUGCCUAAUUUCACCUAUUGUGGGGAACGUGAACACACGACAACGACCCUCUUUUUUCUUUUCCUGAAAUUUUGAUACAUGUACAGUCCUUUGCAAUUCAACUCCAGAAAAAUUCGCCAUCACUUGACGAAUUGAACGAGAUGGAAUAAGCGCGAUUAAGGUGGCUGAACACAGUUUUGGCAGUUUCUGAGUGUAGGUCAUUUGCGAGAUUGUGGCAGGAGAAAGGUUGCAGCUCACAAGCUAAAACUUGGCAAGUGAAAAAUAUACUGAUGAAAGAGUUUGACUGAUAGGAAAAAAUUUGACGUUUUCGUAGUUUCCAUGGCAAUGUGAACGAUUAAAUACAACCUUAAAAUUUCACCGUUACUCAGUUUACAUAAAAUUCUCUGAUUAGAUUUUCCCAUAAACUCGCACACAGCUUACUAUAAUUAAUCAUUACCAUUUGAAACUUAUUUGACCAAAUUUUAACAGAGGGGUUUUUAGAUAAUCAAUAAUAUAAUUCUACCAUAAUUAUUAAAUGUGUUACAAAAUUCAUCUGUUCAACUUCCAUUUUAAAGUUCUCAUCAUUUAAAAUACGAUAAAAGUAAAAAUUUUGCCAAAUAUCACAAAAUUUUAUAGAGUAGAUUUUGAGAAAUCGUCGUCUGUGUACCAAUGCUUUUUUCGCCGCCAUGGUUGUUUGUCUAAUUUAAAACACGUGCUACCGCUGACUGCCCGCAAAACUGUGUUCAGCCACCUUAAGGUUGAAGUAGCGCGAACAAAAUUUUUACUGACGUUUUCGUAUCCGUCGCCGUCGUUGUUGCUAAAGCUCCCUUGUAUGAAGAUAAGGAAGACGUGUCUCACUUUUCGCACUUGUACACACCAGCAUUAAGACGACUCUUGGUUAUUGAUUAAAUGUAANCCCCCCCCCCCCCCACCUCAAAUCGUGCAUCCUGACCAUUUUUUGCAUCAUAUUCCCCCAACAGAGAGCCUAAUUGUUUAUCAGUUUGUCCUUAAAAUAUCCUAGACAUGAAGAUUUCAGAGAGAUGUUUUAGAUAAUUCCCUUUCUUUGAACUACACAUUACCUAGUGCGCAUAUUAUUGCGUCUUCAAAGGUGGCGGUGAUUUUCACCGGUUGCCUAAAACGAGGUAAUUAAGGCCCCUUUUGUAGUCCUAAUGCUUUCAUAGCGAUUUUGAUAAUUCAACCCCGUUGAAAAGAUGUUUGUCUUGAAACUCGCUCCAGUCACCUCGCGCAAAAUGAUCCUUUGAAGCCGAAAUUGUCUUUUUUUGUUGACGUUUUGCGAGGAAACGAGAACGGUGAUCUCCCUAUUUUAUUUGUGUUUUUUACUCGCCAUGGCUACACAAAAAUAUAUAUAAAGAGGAAAACAAAUCUGGACAGUAGAAGUUUUUUUUAGGUAUAAAUGACUUGAAUUUCCGCAUUUAGAGCGGCCCCAGAGAAGUAAGACAUAAUGUGAAAACUGUCCAUUUCUCUACCUUUUUACAACAUCGGGUAAUUGCGACGGGGAUAUAAAAACGAGGUCGCAUAUUGUCCCUUAGCGUGGGUAAUCGUACAAAAUGGCUUCAGAAGUACGUUUCUGUGCAUGGAUGUCCCAAUACGUAUUUCAUGGUAAAAAAUGACUCGGUAUAUACAUCUUUCGCGAAUUCUACAUAAAUAAUCUAUUACUAGUUAAAGGACUGUUUCACGGCUGGCUAAUUCGUUUUGUUGAUAUAAUGCCAAUAAAGCGUCUUCAUUCGUUAAGGAACUUGAAAAAUUACUCGUGAAUACCUGUUACACAAAUGUGGCUCCAUAGCAUUAAAGCAAACGCUACAAGCAACAAAGACAAAUUUUAAAAAACUGUUAGGCUAACAAGUUUUCAAAAACCACAGUUGCAGUCCGUUUCAAUCUUUUUCCAGUUUACCCAUCCCUCCCCCCCUUGUGUAUUUUCUAUCUUAUAUAUUCCUCUUUGUAACGGUUUGAGCAUAGUUAGUUUUGCGUUUCACUUAGUUUGGUGGCAAUUCCGACUGUUUGAAUUUUGAAAAAUUUCGUGUCACAGCUCCUUUAAUUCCCCGACUUAGACACCGUGACGCAAACUUUUGGCCCCGUGGUUGCAAUUUAAAGCGACGUCGAUUCCAGCUGUUUCUGGUUUUAAACGCCUUCCGAUCCAGACGGCAGGGGGGCAGAAUAUUUCCGCUUAUCGCAAACGCCCAGUAUAUUCCAGUUGAAACAACUUUCAAAAGUUAAGGAAAGUUGCGUAAUGGGGUAGUUCUGUGCAGAACAAUGUUGCACGGUCAACGUUCUUCGUGCUCAACAAAAACUACACCAGUUUUUCUAUUUUCUGGUCACAAUUUAUUAACCAGAGCUGCUUUGUUCUCGUGGGAAGAUUUGAGCCUUAGCGUUCGGCUUGUUCACGCCUCAUGAUAGCUAACCAAUAGAGCGUUGCCAUAAACAACUACGUUGUGUUUAAAGGGAGGGUUUUCACAGGUUAAAGGAUUAACAGUAAUUAGUAUUUAAAUAAUUUAGAUUCUACUAGGCAAAUAUGUUUUCACGUACAUGUAGAAUUUGAUUACAAGACGUUUCUGGCUACAUAGGCAAUUACAGCAAUCUUUGUUUUGCCUUAACAAUAAGAUCUUAUUUUAGUUCGUGACGAGGGGCGUGGAGGGGCUUUAACCAUAAAGGCAUGAAUGAUCACAGAAAUCAAUCGUGUCUGAAAUUAAUUCGCAUAUGACUAGAUGAUGAUAUGGUUAAGUAACACGAACGACUUCCAUUUCGUUGCCUUUUCCAAGAAACUGGCGAAAUUCGCAGUUUGUUGAAAGACCUUGAAGUCCUCUUAUGCCUCAUUAACCCUUUAAGCCCCGAUAUCCACAUACAAAUUCUACAAACUGGUCUCCAUGCAUUUCCAUAAAGAAUAAGUUGAGAGAAUUUGAUAAAAGAUCAAAGCAUUUUCCCUUAGGUGAUCAUUUUAAUAAUUCUCACAACAUUUUCUCCUGAUUGUGUAUUGAUAUUGUUAGGGGAAAAUUGAUGAUGGUCACUCUUGGGGCUUAAACGUUUAAACUUAAGGACAUCCAAACACAUAACGUACAAUAACAUUUUCCGUCCAUCAAAUCAUUUACAUUCUGGAACGUGCAUUGAAGUUACUAGAACAGAGUAGCUCUCUUUGUUAAAAUGCGGAAAUGGGAGCGUACUCAAACACCCCAUACUCGCUGUUUUCUGCGUCUUGUGUGGCGGACUCUCCGGCGUCCUUAUCAGCUGAGUCAUAACCUGAUAUGCAAUAAGUUAAGAACCAGUGAAACUCAUACACCAUCAACACUUCCUCUAUAUUUUAUGCUGAAAAUCACCGGGGCGUCACAUUUCAUCUUUGCAAUGCUCUUAAUUCUGCUAAAAAUAGUCGGACAUCGGACAAUGUCCAACUAAAAUUGGCCGACUGUGCUUUCCUUGCUGGAGAAACAUGGAUUAGCACAGUCGGGUGGUACGCGGCCUUCUGUGUGAGCUCCAGUAUCUCUAUUUUUAUAUUUUUGAUGAUUUCGUCUCCGUUACUUCUUUACCUUGUGAGGGGCUAAUUGCAACCGGGAUUUAGUUGUAGCUACUUUCUUGUCUAUUAUUUAAUGUCUCUUUUUUGACAUAUUUUCCUAGUUAAUUGAUUUUAAUGGCGAAACUUAAUAAGUGAAGUAAAAUUAUGUUUCAUGUGUUAACUAAAUAGAAACUGGCGUUUAUUUCAAAGCCGUUAAACCCGCGCACGGUUUCAUCGGUUUUUCAUAGCCGUACAUCACUCCAAAAGUUCAUUAAAUCAUAAAGUUAUUAAAUAUAAGUUUGAACAAAACUUUAUAUUUGCGGCGUUUUCUCUGGCGUUUAAUCGAAAAUAUGCGCUUUUAACCUUAUGCGGGAGAGCUGUGGGUGAUGUUGUUCUUCUUGGAACUUCUUCAGAGGAGGGACGGCUACCUUCCCACAAAGCAUUGCAAUACCAAGUAUAUGAAUUCAUGCCAACUCUCGUGAGCCUUCGAGCUCGAAUAGCCUCUAAGAUGGCGGUUUAAGCGAAUCCAAACGCGAUGGCUGAUAUUGUUAAAGAGUGGUCGCUUUUCAUGUUUUAUUCACUAAGUUUCAAUCGAAGAUAUAAUUUUGAUACCUCAAACUUUUCCUAACCUUCUUCAUAUCACUGCCUCCAUUUUCCGCCGCACUUUUCAAAUGAGAUUCCACUGUCCAAAACAAAGGCAAACGCUCUGUCCUUGGCCACUGCCAGUAAAUACUCUCACCGUUCUCAAAAAAUAUAAUGUAUGUUAAACCCAAAACACGGCACGUUCACACUCAUAUUGAGCUUGACAAGUUCAUUUUAAUAUUUCAGUGGGGUUGGUCAGUUCUAAGGCACACUAAACAGUAACUGAUCCUCGCUAGUUUGUUGCUGUUGUUUAUUUCCUUUGAUAAGUGUUUUUGCUACCAAUUUAUGGCAACUAUGUUUAAUAACAUAAUGAAAGAACGUAGAGGGGAAAGAAAAGAAUCUUCUUAAAUCGGUAAAGUGACCCCAUGGACAGCAAGUGCUAAACGUAAGGCGGAGUAAUCUUUCAAGCAAGUAACACUGUUGCUAUUUUUCUAGGAUGUUUUGACAAAAUUAUAGAACCCUUUAUGUCUUGGCCAUGAGCAUUGUUACACAGCGCUGUUUUUAGUGUAAAGCUAUCCUCUUCCUGAUGCUGAUUUACCCUUUAAUUUUGUUGUUAUCAGACAGAGAGGUGGAAAUCCAGGGUGGAUAAUUUGACUCGACAAAAUCAGCAACUUCAGGAACAGCUCUCUGAUUUCAAAUCCAAGUUCAACAAACAGCAGGAGGAACUGUCGUCCACCCAGCGCCGACUUCGUGAACGAGAAUGGGAACUGGAGUCUCUUCGGCGAGAGCUCAACAGCAAGACUAACUCCGUGGACAAGAUACGAACUGAGAAGAUGGUCCUCGAGAAGGAGCUAAUCGUGUUGCGGGAGCAGAUGACCAGUCAGGUUUCCCAGGUGCAAGUUCUAGAGUCUUCACCCGACGACAUGGAAGCGUCAUUCCUACACGAGACUGUCUCUCAGCUGGAAAUAGAAUGCAAAAAUGCGGUGGAUGAACGAGAUGUGCUUCAAAGCGAACUCGCCACGUUACAAGCUAAGCUUGCUCGACUUCAGGACGACUGUGAUAGGUACCGAAGGCAAUCUGAGAUGGCGGGGAAAACAGGAAACUUGACCGUAAGCAGGUAUGAGGUGCAGGUGCAGAAUGCUGUAAAGCAGAGAGAUUCUUUCAAACAUCAGCUGGACGACCUCCGCGAGGAGCUCAAGAAGGCUAAAGACACCAUUUCCCGACUGCAUCGCGAGGUCUUGCAGAAUCAGAAUGAUGCAAACAAGUACAAGGAGGAGUCCAUCUUAAAGGCGCACAGAAUAGAAAAUCUUCAAACCCAAAACUCCACGCUGGAAGAGAGCUUAGAAACUGCUAAAUCUGAGUUGAAUAAGUCUCAAACAACGGUGGAUGUACAAUACCGGGAAUUGCUGAAGCUAAAAGAGAUGAUCACAAUGCACGAGAAAACCAUUCAAGAGUAUGAAGUCACGGUGAAGACCCUUCAUGACGAGAAGGAGACCACUGAAAAGGAACUAGUCUUGGUGAAGGGAAAGUACUCGAACCUCCAGGCGUCGCAAGGCAAACUUCAAGAACGCGUGAAGGAGUGGGAGUCAGUCGAGGUGAAGCUCCAAAAGAGGGUUAGUGAGUUGGAGACAGAGCUGGAAGUUCAAAAGGAAAGAAGCACUGACCAAGCUGAUGGGCAGUUAAUGAGUAGAAUGGAAGAUCUCCAGUCCAGACUUGACGAGUCGGCCAUGUCAGUGACAGAUCUUCAAGGACGAUAUAACAUUGUAAUAAGAGAAAGAGACGAGCUUCGGAAGGUUAUCGAAAAUCUCAAUUCAAAGAUUCUGAACACUUCUGAUUCCCUGCGGGUUGCACAAGAGGAGAAGGGAGAACUGGAACGCGCCGUCACCAUAGAGCGUAAUAAAGUAUCAAAAUUAGAGGUUCAACUGGAAAGCGUCACCAAAGCGAGAGACAGGUACAAAUCGGAGCUUGACUCGGAGAAGAACAAGUGCACCCAGCUAAAGAAAGAAUUAAUGGUGGUACAGCAAGAGCUGUCUGAAAGCAGAAGGGUAAUAGAACGACUCAACGGAGAUCUAGAGAAAAAAGACAAGAUGAUUAUAGAAUUUAAGUCUAAAGUGUCAUCUCUCGAGGCAAAGGUCGAUGGCUACCUUGAGGAAGAACAAAAACUAGAGCGAAGGAUCCAGAUGCUGGAGAAUGAAGCCGAAGAACUUCGUUCUGAACAGAUGGAGCUCCAGAGGAGAUUGGGCGACUCAGAGACUAACUACAAGGUCGCAGUGGAUGAGAAAGAUAGGAUAAACGAAGAUCUUCAGACUGUGUAUAAAGAUAUGUCAAAUUUACAAUCCAAUUUCAACAUUGUGGAGCAGCAGCGAAAUGACUUGGAACAGCAGCUUUCAAUGUUGAAGAACAAGAUUGCAAAACUUGAGGACGAACUAAGCAAAGUGACGAGGCAGAAUUCUGUUUUAGACGUAGAAGUGCAAGAGCUUCGAUCAACUAAGGAUAAGAAUGCAGAAGAUAUUGAAUCACUUAAAGGCAGAUUAACUGAUCUAAACAAACUGGCUGAAGCUUACAAAAAAGAGAUAGCUGAGAGGGACGACUUAAUCGAGCGACUUAGACGUGAACUAGCCGCGUUAACUUCUGACAAGGAUACCAGUCUUGCUGAAAUAAGCCGCUUAAAAACGGAAAUAGGCGUCCUUGAAGAAGAAAAUAAAAGGCUUAAGAAAGUAUUAGAUGCAAGUAAUGAGGAGAUCGCGCGUCUCUCGUCGUUAUACAGUACUGCAACACAAAGCAAAGAACUUCUGCAGACCGAUUUUGAAGUUGUUCAAAUGAAGGUGUCCGAUCUCGAGUCAACAUACGUGGAUUUCGAAGAGCAAGGAAAAGAUGCUGGAGCUCUGUUGGAUGAGGAGCGUGCGAGAAAUGUGGACCUGGAAAAAAAGAUACGCGAGCUUACCGAGAAAGUGAAAGAGUUAGAAAACCAGCUAGAUGGAAGACAAAGAGAACUUGACAAGCUGGAAAACGACAUGGACGUAGCCGAAGAAAAGAUGCUCACGCUAAAUAUUGAAAUUGAACAGAUUAAUGAGGAGAAAUCUAAGGAGUAUCAGAAACUACUGGCGACUGAAAGCAAGUUAAGGGAAGUCGAGACAGACCUUGAUGCUGCCCGAGAUGACAAAGACCAAGCUGAGAAAGAGCUUUAUGCUCUUCAAAAUAAGGCAUCAAAGCAAGAAACACAGCUCGAGACUUGUCGUAGACAGAUAACCCAAUUACGGGAUCAACUCGACGCUGCCAACAAGAAGCUUCUAGAGAGUAAGGAACGCUUCAUUCAAAUAGAGAACAAAUCGGCUCAACACGAGAAGUUUGGCGAGACGUUGAAUACCAUCAUAGGCAGAAAAGAUAAAACGAUCGACGAGUUGAAUAGCAAGCUUAGACAGCUUCAAGAUGAGUUAGACAAAACAAAACGGCAGUUGAACAAAAACAAUGUGACCUGCGACGUGCUUACGGCCGACAAGGAAGACCUGCAGAAGAGAAUUGCUGUCUUACAAGUGAGAAUUGAGGACAUGGAUCAAGAAAUAAGAAAUCUGAAGCAGAAUCGUCAAGAGCUACUGCGUGAUAUAAGUUCGAGAGAUCACAAAAUUACCAUCGCUGAGACUCAGCUUACAAGUGUUGCCAAGGAAAGAGAUCUCUACAAAACGGAAGGUCUUGCUUUCCGCGAGGACUGCCGCAAAGUGAAAGAAGAUCUUAUGAACACUAAGAACAGUUUAGUGGAGAAAGAUCGCACCAUAAACAACCAGGUUAAAGAGAUUCGAGACAAAAUUAAAUUGGCAGAUACUUUAAAUAACGCGAAGAAGAAUCUCGAAGAUGAGUUGAUAAGUUUAAAGAAAGACCUCGAGAGCACUCGUGUUUCCAGCCAAGAGCGGGUUAAAGAUUUGCAAGGCCAACUUCAGCAAGCAAACAUCAACAUAUCCAAGCUCGAGAUUACUGUGACAACGCUGGGCAGGCAAGGUGAAUUAAGUGAAAAAGACCGGAAGGAGUACGAUGACAAGAUUUUUGAAAUUGAAAAUUUGUACAAGUCUACUCAGGGCCGCGAAGCCGACUUAAGAAGUGAGGUUGAGGUCCGCACCACGAAAAUUGUGCAGAUGGAGACGGAUCUUAAGAAGUCACAAAAGCGAAUCUUUGAACUAGAAUCUGAGGGCACGCAGCUCCAGAGGAAAUUGCAAGAGCUGCAGAAAACGCGAGUGAGAAUCGAUAAAGAAAAAAGCGAUCUGAGGGAAGAACUCGUCAACGCAAACACCAGAAUCUCAGAGUUGGAGCUGAAAUCCGAAUACGAUGAUAAGGAGAUCGAUUCGCUGAAGAAGCAGCUUGGAGGAGCGCUACAGCGGACUUCAGGUGUGAGUAGAGACGACUACCUAAAGCAAGAACAGCAGCUGGUCGAACUGAAGAUAAUCACAGAGACAACUCAAGACAGGUUAAACGAGAAAGACAAUCUUAUACGUCAGUUGGAAUCAGCGAGAACCUACCUCGAAGAUCAGGUUGAUUCUUUGAAGGAUGCCCUCAAAACCGCAGAGGAGGAUGUCGAGAGGCUGAAAGAUGAGGUCGGGAGCCUACAGGGGGAAAAUAUCGAGCUUAACAGAGUGCUCAAUGAACUUCAGGGUCAGAUGAGAAAAGUGGCGUUGGAGAAAGAUCGCCUCCAAAACGAGCUUGAUAACCAAGUAAAAAAGGUGUCUUCCAUAGGAGAGCAACUGGUGCAGCUUACUAGAACCGACGAAACUAACAGAAACAAGAUCGCUGAGCUUCGGUCGUCACUUGACCAGAGUCGCGAAGAAAGCAUGAUUCAGAAAAAGUCCAUCACUGAUCUCCAAAGCAAGGCUGAUUUCCUAGAAAAUGACUUGAAUGGUAAGAACAAGGUUAUUGAUGACUUGAGACAAAUUAAGAAGACCUUAGAAGAUGAGAUUGACGAGCUACAAAAAGAACUUCGUGAGUUAAAGAAUUAUCACGAUGUUAUGUUGCGUGACAAGGAAGAUGUUGAAAAGAGUUACAAGUUGAUUUCAGAAAAAACAGCAUUGAUGGAAGACACUUAUGAAGGAAGCAAGGGAGACGUACGAAGACUUACAGAGCAAAUAGCUGUCCUGCAAGGAAAGCUUACUGACGCGGAGACCGAGAUCAGAGCCUACCAAGACAAGGAAAGGGACCUUCUGGAUAAAAUCAAGAGCUACCACACACAGGUGUCCAAACUGGAAUCAACGAAUGAAAUUCAGAAUGAAAGGAUCAUGGUCUUGGAACAAGAUGUGUCGGCGUUGAAGGACGAAAUCACGGCUCUCUUAGAUGACCGAGAUCGUGCAGUUAGGGAGCUACUCACUGUAACCAAGGUGAUGGAAGAAAAAACAACUCAGAUCACCCGCCUUCAGAAAGACCUUGAUGUUGCCAGCAAAGAGAAGGCAGCCAUGGAAGUGCAGCUACAGGAACAAGUUAACGUUGUGUCACAAAAUGAGACACAGCUCCUCAACGCAGAACGCCAACUUCAAGAGUGGAUGGUCCGUGGUGGUGAUGAGGCAGAUGCUACACCUAAGGACAGCAUCAAAGCAGAGAGAGACUCUCUUCAAAAAGAAGUGCACGCUUUAAGACACGAGGUGUCUUCCACGAAAGCCACGCUGGAUAAAGCUCAAAAAAGAAAGGAUGACUUGGAGAAGGAAAACUUCUCUUUGCGAAAGCAGUCUACAGAGCUAGAGAUGAAAGUGAAGGCGCUUGACCACGAAAACGAAGACCUUAAUCGUGAGCUAAUUAAAGACCAGAAGAGAAUAAGUGUGUUAGAGGGCGAUAUUCAUCGCCUUAACGUUGAAAAGAACACCCUCCUUGGUGAGCUGGAGAAAGCAAGAGGCGUUAUGGACAAGCAGCGAGAUGAAAACGCCAUUGUUCUCAGACAGAUCUCUGAGCUUCGGGCCAUUGUGGAAAACGUCGACAAGACCAUUGAAGAAAAGAACCAGCAGAUAGAAUGGUAUCAUGCCAACAACAAAACCCUUGAGGAAGAGGUGACGAGUCUUAAGCGAAAGGUAGCUUUAUACAGAGAAGACUACGAUAAAGCCCAGCACGAUCUAGCAGCACUAACAUUAAAGGUGCAAGAACUUGAGUCCAAAAUUGACGCUCUUAAACACAGCCUUGACCUCGCCGAGAACGAGAAGAACAAAUUGAGACAAGAGAAAGCUACACUCUUAACGUCCUUAAACGAGUAUAAGUCCAACUUUGCGAAUGCCAAGAGAGAGGUAGACAAGCUACAGAACGAGAUCCUUUCAAUUAACCGCAAGCUUACUUAUUUUCAAGCGAGGAAUGAAACUCUAGAGGAGGAGAAGGUCCGUUUGAAGAAAGAGAUAACAGAUCUCAAGCGGGAAAAUACUGAAUUGAGAGCACGUCUCAAUGCUCUCCAGGCUGACCGAGAUCGCCUGCAAAGUGACAUAACUGUUAUAAACAAGAAGUACGUCGAUAUACAAACAGUGCAAGCGGAUAAGCGAGAGAAGAAACCAACCGAUGCAAGUACACUCAAGAGACUGAAAGACUUGGAAGAAUCGUACCAGAAGAUUCUGAACGAGAAGGAGGACACAGAGAGGAGAUACCUGGAUGGGAAGAGGAGAAUAUCCAAACUUGAGUUGGAGCAUGGAGAUUCCAGCCGAAUUAUCCAGGCGUUAGAACACGAUGUUAUGUUGAAGGUCCAAAGGAUAUCUGACCUAGAGAACAGCCUCUCGGAGCUUCACGGACGAGAUGUAGUUGACGAGGGCGAUUACAAAACUCUGCGAAAGAAGGUUGUUAGCCUAGAACAAGAGCUUCAAUCAACCAAGAACAAGGUAUUCCGGCUAGAAGCCUACAAGACGUCCUAUGAAGACAAGCUUAAGGGUCUACAGGAGGAUUUACUCGCCAGUCAACAGAAGACCGCUCAGACGGAGACAAUGCUACAGACGAGUCAAGAUCAACUGAGCGCGCAACAGAAGGAACUGAUGGAGGCGCUAAAAAAGAUGGCUGACUGGGAGUCAGCUUAUAAGUCUGCUAACAACGCCAAGAUCGAGCUGCAAAGGACCUUGCAGACUUCUCAGAGCAAAGUCGUUUCCCUGGAAGAGGAAUUGCAGAAUCAGAUGAAAGCUAACGCACAGCUCAAGGGAUCGCUGGAUCAGAUUAGAUCCAGGAAUGAUAACUUGAGGCAGGAGAUCACUGUUGUGCAAAAGAAACUAAUAGACCAGCAAAAGUUCUAUGAAGAACAAAUCCGAGAACUUGUUGAGAAGAAGGCAAUAAUUGAGAGGCUACAGGAAGAGAACGAUUCUUUAGAAGGCGAGAAGACCGAAAUGAAGGAAGAACUCGACCGCGUUCGAACUGAACUCGACAAAGUGCUGAUGGAACAACGAGACACAAAGUUUGAGCUUCAGAAGCUGCAUAUACAGUACACUGAGCUGGAGGGUACUGUUCGGUUGCUGAACGACGAAAACGAGAGGCUUAAAAUGGAACUCGCUUCAGUCCAGAGACUCUAUGAUGAGCUAAAAAUUUCCCGAGAAGAGACUAUCGCCGUCCAGAGCGUUUCCACUGUAGAGGCAGCGGUUCCGGACAUGUUCUCUGAAGAACUGAGUGCUGAGUUUGAAAGCAUCAAGGUGGAAAGAGAUACCCUCAAGCGAGAAAACAAUGCUUUGCGAGAAAAAGCCACCGGGUUGGAACAUUCUCUAGAGGAAGUCAAGCAAGAAAGACGCAAACUCCAGGACAAGGUGCUUGAGCUGCAGAAAAACCUAUCUGAGAAGACACAGGAACUACAGAUCUUAACGGCCGAGCACAAGAAAGUUACUUUAGAGCUACAAGCUGCUAGGCGGCGCCUUGAAGAUCUUCAAGAAGAAGCUACAGAUUGGGGCCAAGAGAAAGACUUGUUGGUUAAAGAAGUUGAAUCUAUGCAACGAAAGCUCCAUGACCUUGUACUCGAGAGUCAGAAGGAAAAAGCCGAAGUCUCAUCUGAACAGAUAUUUUCCACUAUGGAGGCUGAUUAUAAAAAGCUACAGGAACGUGAAGGCGAGCUUCAGUUGGAACUUCUGGCCGCGUUGAAAAAGGUUUCUUCGCUCGAACAUGACUUGGAGACCGAAAAAGAAAAGAACCUGGGGCUAGAAAGUUCAAACCAAACGCUCGAAAAUAAAGUUGAUACCCUAAAACGGGAAGUUGUUGAAUAUCAGACGAGGAUCUCCAAGUUGGAGCUGGAAUAUGAACAUAUUCAGGAACGAAAUAUGGUACUUCAGCAACAUGUGGCUGAACUUGAAAGCCAAAUUGAUUCUGUCAAGGACUCGAGCAAGCUGUCAAACCAGGGCAGGUCCGAUUUAGAAAACGAGAUUACUUCCCUCAAGACUAAAGUAAAGAAAUUGCAGAUACAGAUUGAGGAAGAAAAGAAGAUAAAAGAUAACCUAAGAGCCCAGCUCGAAGAUUAUAAAAACAUGGGAGACAGCCAAUCGAGGGAUUUUGCUGGCCGUGUUAACGAAUUAAGAGUGGAGAUAGAAACGUACCGCAAAGAAAUAAUCGAAAAAGAACGCGUGAUCAAAGAAAUGCAGAACAGACAGGCUGAUCUAGAAGACGACAUACAUAGAGCACGGCGAGAUCUCCAGAGUAAACAGAUAGAAUGCGAUGAUUACGUAAAGGACCUCGAGGAGAGCAACCAACAAAAGGCUGACAUGGAAAUUGAGAUCAACACGCUUCGUGGACAAUUACGAAACUUUGAGAUUCUUGUCGAGGAGCACGAGAAGGACAAGGAAGAGCUAAGGCAGAACAUUAAUGAAGUUGUUGGCAAAAGUACCAAUCAAAGCAAUGACCUUAAGAAGCAGAUAAAAGACGCCACUAACCAGAUCGAAGUUUGUAAACGAGAGAUCAUUGAAAAAGAAACCAUCAUUCGAGAGCUUAAAGAACGUGUUUCUCAGGCGGAGCAUGAUCUCCACAUCACUAAGACGGAGUUAGAAGGCAAAGAGAAUGACUGUGAGGAUUACAUCAAAGAUUUAGAGGACACCAGAAAGGAAAAGUCUGACAUGGAGGUGGAACUCCUAGCACUAAGAAGCAAAGUUACCAAGUUAAAUGUGCUGAUCGAUACCGAGAAAUCCGAAAAGGCUCAACUUCAAGCACAGCUGGUGGACACUAGGAACCGCGGAGACGAAGAGUCAUCUGGUUAUGCGAAAUUCGUGUCUGAACUGCAAACGAAGCUUGAAAACGCUAAGAGAGAUAUCAGCGUUAAGGAAGACGAAAUUGAGCACUUGAAGUAUGAGCUUGAAGUCACAAGAAGAGAUCUUCUUUCAAAGGACGGAGAGUUCAAGAUGUCUUUGGAAAAAAUCGAGCAGAUUACCAAAGACAAAUCAGAAUUGACUGUUGAAAUAAUGUCGCUUCGGGAAAAAGUUAUUUUUCUUGAAGGCGACGUGCGGAAAGAACGAGUCGGUAAAGAAGGCCUCGAGAGGCAACUCGUGGAAUCCACUGCGAAAGGGGAGACUGAUGCUCAGGUCAUGAGUGAACAGAUUGUAGAAAUACAGACGAGAGUCGAAAGCUACAAGAAAGAAAUUAUUGAAAAAGAGACUAUAAUAGAAAAGUUGCGAUUCCAAACAACUUCCUUUGAGCAAGAGGUCGACCGUCUGAAGAGAGAUUUUUCCUCCAAGAAAAACGAAUGUGAGAGGUAUAAGCAGGACAUUGAAAGGCUUAAGCACGAGAAGGCAGACCAAGAAAUGGAGAUUAAUACGCUUCGCAAUACUAUCAACAGACUAGAGAUUCAAAUAACGGAACUUAGGACAGACAAAGAUAUAGCGGUAGCGCAAACCGAUGAACUGAAAAGUAAAGGUGAAAGCGAGGCGAGCUUAAUGCACGAACAAAUUAUCGAGAUUCAAACUCGCAUCGAAGAGUACAAGACAGAGAUAAUAGAGAAAGAAACGGUCAUUGAAAAGCUUCGUGUGCAGAUCUCAAACAACGAUGGCGAAAUCGAUAAGUUGAGGCGAGAGCUGGAUACAAAGGAGGUGGAAUGUGAAGGUUAUAUCCGGGAGAUUGAGAAGCUUAAUCAAGAGAAUUAUGAUCUCGAAUCCCAGCUCUCCACGAUUCGCACCAAGUUCGAAGUGUUGACGAAGCAGAUGAACGAGGCAAGAACAGAGAAGAGUAUGACGGAGAGUGAGACAACAGUGCUGCUUGAGAAGAUUACAGAGAUCGAGAGCAGAAUAGAAGUGUACAAAACGGAGAUCAUCGAGAAAGAAACUUUGAUUGAACGACUGCGGAUCCUAAACAGUUCUAAUGAGCAGGAUUUGGAAAGGCUCAAGCGAGAGCUCAGCAACAAGCAAGUGGAAUGCGAUGGCUACAUAAGCGAGAUUCAGGUACUGAAUCAGAAACUAGCGGAAUUAGACAUCGAGCUUAACCACAGAAACAGCCGAGUACUGAAGCUUGAGGGAUUCUUGGAAGACGAAAGAAAGGACAGGGAGGUGCAAAUAAAGAAUGUGAGAUCGUCAUUUGAGACUGACGUGACUUAUUUGAAACGUGAGCUGGAGUCCAAAAUAUUGGAAUGUAAUGGCUACAUCAAAGAAAUCGAAGAGUUGAACCAGGAGAUUUUCCGGCUGAAGGGAAUGAUGAGACCAGAGCAAGAGGUUGAUGCGCAUUAUACCACUUCUUACAUUAUGCCACCAAAAGGUGUUACAGUUACCAGGGAAGUCGUUGUACCCCAGCAGUCGGCGACCACAGAGUCCGCACAAUCUUCAACGUUCGGUCACACCGAAUUCAUGGUUGACGUUAAAGAGAAGGCGGUACCAUUGGAGGUGUCUAGCUAUCAAAUGAACCCGAAAAGAAUGGUUAAAGUGAAAAGUCCUUUCGAAACGCGUGCAAAUCAGACGAGUACGGCUAGCAGUUCAAGCACGGGUAGCACCACCACCAGCACUACAAAGAUAACCAGAAUUCAGACAGGCGUGACUCCAAUCCAGCGUUACCAGGUUGAUGAAGAUUCAGACAAGCCAGCCAUCACAGUCGUAAGUAAUAACGGGGCCACUGAUAACACUCCACCCAGCAGCCCUUUUAAAAUAAAACACUUGGAAUCCAGUUCCAGUCCUAAGCUAAACGUCUCGUUCGACCCCGCAUACCAAUCCAUGACGCCCACAACGUUAAAUGUUACAGACACUAGAAGUCAUACGUCAACAUUCAGCAGCAGUACUGUCAUGACUAAAAUCACCCAAUUGCAGACCAGUGCCUUGUACGCCCCCUCUUCCGGCUCGGAGAACCCCCAGGGUUCUUUAGAAUUUCGAGUCGUUUCCCCUAUAAACGGAAUCGAGGCAUCCCCCGAGAAGUUAGAAGAAAAAAGUCAAAAUGUCAUUUCGCAGGUCGAAGGAUCUUCUGGUCCAAUUCGUGUGAGAGUGGAGGCGGAGGAGAAGUUAGAAUUUGAACCGAUGCAGGUCACUGCUGAAGUGAAACCACUGCAGACCACUUCUUCAAGAUUCCAGACGUUCAAGACCCACUACACUACAAGCGGGGAGGGAGGCGAUAGUUCCUCUCAGGGGAGAACAAAUGAAACUGUCACGCGCACGAAAAAGGUACAAGAGAUUAAAGAACAGCGUGUUGAGUUCAAACGAGGAGGCAGUGGCAGCAGUCGUUCGAAGGAUUCCAGCAAAACGUCGACGCUGUAA